AGAUGAAAGGAGGAAACCUUCACUGUCAAGCAACACCUGAGCAACUCGCUGGGCAGAAAUGGCUCCAGGGUCGUGGUUGUCUCCUCUCUUCCUUGCUGUGAUCGCUCUGGGACUGCAGUGGCCACAGGAAGCUGCGACCUUCCCAGCCAUGCCCCUUUCCAACCUGUUUGCCAAUGCUGUGCUGAGGGCUCAGCACCUUCACCUCCUGGCUGCUGAGACAUACAAAGAGUUCGAACGCACCUAUAUUCCAGAGGACCAAAGACAUGCCAACAAAAAUUCCCAGGCAGCGUUUUGUUACUCAGAAACCAUCCCUGCUCCCACGGGGAAGGACGAUGCUCAGCAGAAAUCGGACAUGGAGCUUCUCCGGUUCUCGCUGGUUCUCAUCCAGUCCUGGCUGACCCCGGUGCAAUACCUAAGCAAGGUGUUCACAAACAACCUGGUUUUCGGCACCUCAGACAGGGUGUAUGAAAAACUAAAGGACCUGGAAGAAGGGAUCCAAGCUCUCAUGAGGGAGCUGGAGGACCGGAGCCCGCGGGGUCCCCAGAUCCUCAAACCCACCUACGACAAAUUCGACAUCCACCUUCGCACCGAGGACGCGCUGCUGAAGAACUACGGCUUGCUCUCCUGCUUCAAAAAGGACCUGCACAAGGUGGAGACCUACCUGAAGGUGAUGAAGUGCCGGCGCUACGGAGAGGGAAACUGCACCAUUUGACCCCGGGGACAGCAUCCCCCCACCCAGCUCCUGCCCCUCGCUGCCCGCGCCUGCCCUGCUCCUUGUAAAGACAAGCGGAGAAUAAACACGCUACUGCC